AUGUCGUCAAUCGCCCGACCACCAGACCCAUGUCUAGUCGCAAUAAUCCUAAUCGUGCGCUCGCGCACAGGCCCCCGUCUCGUCUUCCACUACCCACCGAACCCUCUCAGUGAAAACCGCAUAAAGACAACCACCAAGGGCGGGCGACGCGUCUCCCGCACGCGCAGCAGACAAGGCGCCAGAAAUACCGACUCAAGCUCAAGCUCCGAGAGCGGACUCAGCUCCGAUGAAGAUGAGGAGGAGCGAGAGGUCCACGCUGCUGCGUCGGGGUCUGCAUCUGCGAUAGGUCGCCGCGCGAGCAAUUUCGGCCUCGAUGAUCAUGCCUCUGUCGCGUCGCUGAAUACGGAACCACACCGGCCUGGGUCUUUGGGCUCUGGAAGAGUCUCAUCAUUGAGGAGACAGAGGGGUGCGGGGUCAGAUAUGGAAGAUGAUGAGCAUGAGGGCUCGUUCCGGGCGCCUUGGGAGUCACUUCUUGGUGUUCCUGGGAGCGUGUGGGAGAAAAUACUAAGUCCGUCGAGGUCAUGGCAUAAAAGACGUUUUGAGGUUGGGAUCAAUGAUCUGGCGCUGAUUGGAUGGCCUGUUUUCGUGCGUGAAGAUGGGAGCUGGCGCAAGCAGCGCCGGAAGAAGAAGAAGAAGCCUCGUGCCGAGUGGGAGGGCGGGGAGUUGGGACAUAAUGAGGCUGAGGAUGGCCAGGGGGAUGAGGAUAUGGUUCUCUCGCCUGAGAUGACGGCUAGUAUUGCUUCUUUGGCUGAUUCGGCGGUAUCGUCUACGGAUAAUACGAAGAGGGCUUCGUAUGCGAGUGCGAAAUAUGGGAAGCAUGCUGACGGGUCGGCGGAUUCGGAUGAUAAGGACCAUAUGACGAUGUUUAAUGUGGUUUUUGUUAUGGAUCCUCCUUUGUUGGAAUAUUCAUUGCGGGUCAAAGAGAUAUAUGAGAAUAUUAUCAAGAAAUUUGCGAAGGCUCUUAAGUGGGAGCAGGCUCGCACGGAUUAUGUCUGGAGGGAAUCGCAGCAUAUUCUGCAGCUGCGACGAAAGGCACGAGAAACAAAAACAUCCGUUCACAAUCUCUAUUCGGAGUUGAUACAGCAGUCUUCUUUGGCACGAGCAAUGUAUACCGUCUAUUCAAGCAUCUCAGCAUCGAAAAUUGCAUCUGUGUCACUCAGCCACGACGUUUCCAUUUCACUACAAAUCCCUCCACUUACCUCUACUCCAUACCUCGCCGGACCAACAGACAAGGCGUAUCCAGGUCUGUGGUUGACCACCGCCGACAGCGCAACACCAGUGGAUGAUCAGGGUACCGGCGAGAGCAACACACCUCAUCAGGUUCUUGCAAAGCACUUUGCCCUACUCCUUUUGGAUAGUGAGGCAUCCAUCAUUAAGGAUGUAGAACUCUCAGGUGGUGCUCUUGCUCCUGCGCUGGCCCAUUACAUUCGAUGCUCAAAGCCGACGAAGUCGUUUGCGCAGAUAUCGGUGUCUUCAGGAAUCCCGCUUUCUACGAUCCAAAUGCUGGCCAGUCAUUUGGUCUACUGGCGCCGAGCCCGAGCCAUUCCCCCCAUCCACCAGCGAGACACGUACAUUGUGUCUCCCAAUUGUGACUUGAGCAAGCUGGAAGUCGCAACCAUCGCCUAUCAGACGGCCUUCCCUACCUUACCUAGCUUGCCGAAGAUGCUCUCUGCCCUGAGUGGCACGCCACGUCCCUACAGCAACUUUAUCCCAAGUAAGGAUCACAAGGAGGCAUACUUUACUAUCCUGGCAUGGCUCCUCCGCGGUGGCUGGGUCACGCAGCUGCGAACAUUUGCCCGUAUCAAAGUAACACCUGAAAUCAAACUGGCUGUUGAGACGGCCCUCCGAAAAGAAGAGGUGGAUCGGUACCUGGCUAAAGCCAACUCCAACGCCGGUAUUGAUGAGGAUUCGACCGAUGAGGAAGACGGCGCAAGCUCAUCAUCUUCCUCUUCACUGGCCAGCCAUGGCAGCGGCGAAGAGACACCCAUGCCGGGCCGAAACGAUCCGCAUUUGCAGCUACGGACGUCCCACAAACUCCUCGACCGAUCCACAGCCCUGCGACUCUCGUCUCUUAUCCUCUCACCUCAUCGUGCCUCUCCACUUGAGUCCCGCUGGCUCGACGAAAUUGUCGCCCGGUUCCCUGACAAGCCGGGCCCUGGACAAUCUCUUGAAGCGACUAGCCCGGACAUCGCGCCGAAGGAUAUCCAGACCCUCCUGCAGAAGUACUGGCCUAUAUUCCUGAAAUACUUCAACGGCAUCGAUGCCCUGGAAAAGAUUCCCGUCCGGGAGACCCUGAAGCGGAAAUUAGUUUGGCAGGUGCUUACGCGCCUUGGGUUCGUGACUGGGCCGAUGGGCGCAGUCGAGUUGGAUGCAAGGGAGCAGGUGCUGGUCAGUGUUCGGCAUUGGUAG